AAUUAUUUUGUGAGAUACUUAGUAAAGUAGUGAAUUUUGAAAAUUUAAAUGCAAAAUGGAUCUGCAAGUGGACACAUCAGCUGGCUUCAAUUUGCCGCAUUGACAUUUGCCACCGAAUGACACUUGCCAAGGGAAUCUUGUUUUUUUAUAUAGUAAAUAUGGAAAAAAGUCUAGGAAUUUAGUGCAAACAUAUGUUAUGAAGACUUAAAGGGCAUUCGCAAGAAAAAGUGCGCAGUUGUGCAAAAGUGAAAAAUUUGCUUUAAAUUUUGUGGCUAUGAAAAGAAUUUAGUAAAGAAAUUUUAACGAACUUCAUAAAAAAAAACUUUUAAUUUUACUUUAAAUUGUUAAAAAUAUAAUUAAAAAUUUAUAACAGUGUUUUGUUGGUGCCACAUAAAUUAUUAUUGAAUUUCAAUCAAUAUUGACUUUAUAAUUUGUUGAGGAGACUGCCAACGUCAUCCUAUGAUGAGCAAAAGUUUGGUUCUAUUUAAAGUAUUGCCAAUUGUUAACAUAUCCGCAAUAACUGCACCAAUAAAAAUUGUUAAACUACGUUUACUUGUGUCCUUCGUAUUACAACAAUUUUACUUUCGUCCUUUCAUCAUACGGUACAGUGACCGUGAACUAGGCGAACGUUGCCGUUAAAGUGUUCUACUUACUCAACGGGAGCUUGUUAAAGAAGAAGCCAUCAACAGAUAUUGUACAGAUUAACUGUACAAACUCCAGUGUGUCAUGUCAGAUAAUUCAUCAAACGAAAAUGAAGAUGAACAAUCUUCAUCUUCACCAACAACAUCGGAUGUUAUAAAUUCACCUCUAACAGCGAACAAUUUUCGUACAGCGCUUGAUGAGUUUCGCACCAAUUGGCAGAAGGAGUUGAAGCAAUUUAGUGAAACAGAGGCUUCGGUGCAGUUUGAGGAUACACUACAAUCGAAUGAAAUAAUUGAAUGCCUGAGUCCAUUGACAAAUGUCAAAGACAUACCCGAAAAUGAACAGCAUAAUUUGGCAGAAAGCUUGUUUCAUAAAGCGGUUGAAUUGGAGCAGCGUGGUAAAGUAUAUGAUGCAAUACCAUUUUACCGUAAAGCCGUACAGAUUGUACCAGACAUUGAAUUCAAAUUCUAUGAACGUCAAAAGCUUAAAUCUGGUAAUGUUGAAGUAACAACAAAGACGCAGAAUGUGAUAGAAAAUACUGAAGUAGAUCAUGAUUCUGAUGGUGAAGACGUUAUUGCAGAUUUGUAUGAGAAAUUUCAAAUGGAUUUGGCACGGGAUUGUGGUGGUAAAUUGCUACUCAGCAGUCGUGAUUUAAAUGUUAUUACCACUGAAAUGCAUAUAUCAGAUUUGCCACCAGAAAUACUUUUGUAUAUCUUACGUUGGGUGAUAUCCUUACAAUUGGAUAUGCGUUCGUUAGAGAAUUGCGCCGCAGUAUGUAAAGGACUUUAUUUAUGUGCGCGUGAUGAAGAAUUGUGGCGAUUGGCAUGUGUAAAAGUUUGGGGAGUAAAUGUAGGUACCUUAAAUAAUCCUACAUUGGAAAUUGAUGACACCAUUGAAGAUAUCAUACAAUUGCCUCAAUAUUCCUCUUGGCGUCAAAUGUUUAUUGAACGAGAACGUUUACUCUUCAAUGGCUGUUAUAUAAGUAAGACGAAAUAUUUACGUAUGGGCGAGAAUAGUUUUCAAGAUCAAUUCUAUCGUCCUGUGCAACUUGUUGAAUAUUUUCGUUAUUUACGUUUCUUACCGGAUGGCACUGUAUUAAUGUUAACCACUGCCGAUGAACCGGUACAAGGUGUUACACGUUUGAGAAACAUAAAUCAAUUGAGGCCUGAUGUUUUACGUGGCCAUUAUCAUCUUUAUGGUAGCACAGUUACCAUAAUGUUAAAACGACAACAGUCUCAUCAACGUAUCAUAACAACUGGUCAUCAGUAUGCACGACAUAGACGUGGCAGUUCAGCAUGUAAUGAAGAUUACAAUUCCACUAAAUAUUGUAUGAAGUUUCGUAUUGUAAGCACACCAAAACGUAAAUUUUCACAGAUUGCAUGGCUGCAUUACUCUGUGAUACUAAUUCGCAAUAAGGUGGAAACUACAUCGGAAUUUGAUUUAACUCCCUCUAAAUUUCCUCCAUUGUGGUUUUCACCUGUACGCAGCUAUCAUUUGGAUUCGGAUGCCCCAUUGUCUUAAGUAAAAAAAAAACAAAAAUAAAAUUUAAUGAAAUAUGUAUUCAUUUAUAUACACAUAAAGAACUAU